AUGCAGAGCAGCAAAGAGGUAACCCCAGACAAGAGUUCAAGAGAGAAAGAUGGUGGCACCAAAAGGCUGAAGCCUCUUCACUGGGAUAAGGUUACAGCCAAUGUUGAUCAUUCAACAGUGUGGGAUCAGAUCAAUGAUGGCUCUUUCUUGUUUGAUAAUCAACUCAUCGAAAAACUAUUUGGAUAUUCAAGCACCAACAACAAAACCCAAGAACGAUACAAGAGUCAUUCAACCAAUUCCAACUCCAUUUCACCACCUCAAAUAUUCAUUCUGGAGCCUCGAAAAUCCCAGAACAUUGCGAUUGUGCUGAAGUCUUUAGCAAUUUCUCGUGAUGAAAUCCUAGAAGCACUCCUUGGUGGCCAAGGACUCAGUGCUGACACACUUGAAAGACUCAUCAGAUUAGCUCCAACUCAAGAAGAAGCAGCCAAAAUCAUCGAUUUCAAUGGCGACCCAGAUAACCUAGCAGAUGCGGAGUCUUUCCUUUACAACAUCCUCAAAGCACUACCAACGGCAUUCACUGGUCUAAAAGCAAUGCUUUUCAGAUCAAGCUAUGAUUCUGAAGCACUUCAGCUUAAAGAAAACCUGGGAACCCUUGAAAUGGCAUGUAAGGAGCUGAGGACUAGUGGUCUCUUCAGAAAACUCCUAGAGGCCAUUCUCAAAGCUGGGAACCGAAUGAACGCUGGAACUUCAAGAGGCAAUGCACAGGGCUUCAACCUAAACUCUCUAAGCAAGCUUUCUGAGGUGAAAAGUACAGAUGGUAAGACCAGUUUGCUUCGCUUCAUUGUGGAACAAGUGGUUCAGUCAGAAGGAAGAAGGGAAGCUACAUAUCAGAAGCAGAACCCGACCCCAGGAGAUAUAGACAGAGAAUAUCUGACGCUUGGUCUACCAGUACUAGGGGAGCUAGGUGAUGAGUUAUCUGAAGUAAGAAAAGCAGCCAACAUAGAGCAUCACAGUUUCAUCAGUGUGUGUUCAACUCUGCAUGCUCAUGUCACUGAAAUUCGCCAGAUUAUGACGUGUUGUAAUAAUGGUGAGAGAGGUGGGUUUAUUAAGGAAAUGAAAGGGUUCCUAGAGGACUGUGAAGAAGAGCUGAAAGUGGUGAAAGAAGAACAGGAACGGAUCAUGGAGCUUGUGAAGAAGACGAACGAGUAUUAUCUAGCAGGCGGGGCCAAAGACAGCAUGUCAAACCCCUUUCAGCUGUUCGUUAUAGUAAAAGAUUUUGUUAGCAUGGUAGAUCAGGCUUGCUUACAACUCAAGAAGAAGCUAGAAAAGAAGAACGUAGGAGUAGAAACUCUAUUAUCAACAUCUCCAUCAAAGAAUAUGCGACUCAGAUUUCCAAACUUUGAUUUCCACUUUGUGUCAAAUAUGUCAGAAGCAACAUCUUCAAGCCAAUCAGAGGAUGAUUUUUGA